GUCUACGGCGGCCGAACAGACCAAAAAACUUAGGUUCGUCCAACUGGCGGAGCCACCAGCCACUUCAUGCACUGAGGUUGAAAGAGGCUGGGGUGGGGCUGGGCCCCCGCCCUCAUCUAAGCCCCGCCCCAGCCAGCCUCACUGUCUCCGCCCCGAGCCUCACACUGUCCCCGCCCCAAAGCUCUGAGCACCAUAUCCUGGGUGCCUAGGAACUAUGACGGUGACCUCGGCCUUGCGGGCGCUACUAUUGUUGCCGCUGCUCUUAGGGGCCUGCGGGGGCGGCGGAGCAGGUGUUAAUUUUCAUUUUGCUUCCUACAUUGGUGAUCACAUGGUGUUGCAGAAAGAACCAGCUGGAGCUGUGGUCUGGGGUUAUGGUAAAGUUGGGGGCAUUGUGGUAGUGACUCUGCACCAAGCUCAGGAAACCAUCAUGAAGAAGAUAACUUAUGUGAAAGAACAGUCUGAGACCUGGAUUGUGGUACUGGAUCCUAUGAAGCCUGGUGGGCCUUACAACAUGACGGCAGAACAAAUCAUCAAGAAAGAGAGAUACACUCAGACAGUACAUGAUGUCUUGUUUGGAGAUGUUUGGCUAUGCAGUGGGCAAAGUAACAUGGAGAUGACAGUUUCCCAGAUUUUUAAUGCUUCUGAGGAGGAGGGGAAGGCCUUUGCUUAUCCAUUUAUCCGCAUCCUUACAGUUGCUCUUGUCAAGGCAAAGGAGGAGUUGGAGGACCUUACUUUACUUGAUUUGCCCUGGUCUCUGCCUACUCCAAAAAACCUGGGCCAUGGGAAUUUUACCUAUUACUCAGCAGUAUGCUGGCUGUUUGGGCGCUAUCUGUAUGACACUCUGAAGUAUCCCAUUGGGCUGGUCUCCUCCAGCUGGGGUGGAACACCUAUAGAAGCCUGGUCAUCUUGGCGUUCAUUGCAAGCCUGUGGAGUCCCAAAGGAAGAGGAACAGAUUCCUUUCCCCAGUCUAUAUAAUGGCCCCACUGACCACUCUAUACUUUGGAAUUCAAUGAUCCAUCCACUACUCAAUAUGACAUUAAAAGGAGUGGUAUGGUACCAGGGAGAGAAUAAUGCAAACUAUAACACUGAUCUGUACAACUGCACCUUUCCUGCGCUCAUUGAAGACUGGCGCCAGGCUUUCCACUAUGGCUCUCAAGGGCAGACACAGCGACUUUUCCCUUUUGGAUUUGUGCAAUUAUCUACAACUAUGUCUAAGCACGAGGAUUAUGGAUUCCCAAAAAUCCGUUGGCACCAAACAGCUGAUCUUGGCUAUGUCCCCAAUGUGAGGAUGCCCAAUACCUUCAUGGCUGUGGCAAUGGACCUCUGUGACAGAGAUUCUCCUUUUGGAAGCAUUCAUCCUAGAGAUAAACAGACUGUGGCCUACAGAUUGCAUUUGGGGGCCCGUGCUGUAGCUUAUGGAGAGAAGAUGCUUCCUUUUCAGGGUCCGCUGCCUGAAAACAUAGAACUCUUAGCUGACGAGGAGCUUCUCAAACUUGAAUACCACCAGAAAAUCCAGGUGCAGAAGACAGAUGAUAAGAUCUUUGAGAUCUCAUGCUGCAAUGACCAUCAGUGUAGGUGGAUUCCAGUCCCUAUGGGCAACUCCUCCUCCCAGACUCUAGCCCUGAAAGUUGAUUCCUGUCAUGGCACUGUGACUGCUCUCCGCUAUGCCUGGACUACGUGGCCAUGUGAAUACAAACAGUGUCCCAUUUACAAUCCUAGCAGUGCCCUGCCAGCCCCACCAUUCAUCACAGUCAUUCCAAGUUAAGAAUCCUGGUUAUGCAAAAUUUGGGGAGAAGGAAUGAAAAAGAAUAACUGAUUUGGGCUGAGAUUUCAUUCUAAUUUAGCUUUGAUUAGAUGCUGGAUGAAAUGCUCAGGUCUUAAAUUCCAGUCUGGUUUUCUAUAAACAAUUAUGGGUGGAACCUUUAAGAAGCUAGCCAAAGCAGCAGCUAGGUGGCACAGUGGAUUGAGCACCAACCUUGUUUCAGGAGGACCCAAGUUAAACUCCAGCCUCAGACACUUACUAGCUGUGUGAUCCUGAUUGCCUUAAAAAAAAAAAACACAGCCAGAACUGAGCAGAUUUAAUAUUUUCAAUAGAAAAGUAUCACUACCAUUGAUGUUUUCUCAUGAAAGUUCCUCACAUUCACAUUGUGAGAAAUAGUUUGGGAGGCACUGUUCUAAAUUUAAAUUUUAAAUGCUGUAGGAAAGCCCAGUAUUUAAGAAAAACUGCUUUAAAGAAAACAUUUAAAGUGAAAUUAUUACCUAUUUUAUCUGUCUCUAAACUUUGGUUUUUGUAUAUUAUGUUUCUAAAGUAAGGUGAUGAGAAGCAAUAUAAAAAUAAAGUUGUUUUGAUUA